AUGGUCUGCGAAUCGUGUAGAUCACAGGCCCGGACGCUCCUCCAGGCAGCAGCAAUCCGCGUGUCCGGCGUCAGGGCCGCCCCGGCAAGGGCGCCGAAGCUUUCACGACCGACGUGCUCACCACACGGCGCGCCGACCCGGCGGUUCAGCGACACGCCCCAAAGGAGGAUCCUGGGCAUGAGGACGCUGGGCGAGUCGUACCGCGUGCUCGGUGCCUCCGAGAGGCUGUACAGGAUCUGCGCGCAGCCCGCCGACUACCACAUAUCCGAGGAGGCACGCAACAACGACCAGGUCGAGAGGUUAGAGGACGGCGAGGAGCUCGGCACGCCCGCACACGCAGGCAAUGUGUGGCACAAAAGUACGUGGACAACGAUGCUCCUGUCUUGGCCGUGGAGAGAUCCCCCCCCCUUUUUCAAAUCUCCCAAGACGCACGCACAAACUGACGCCUCGGGCGAGGGGAGCAAACAAACAGCAUUCGGCCUCCAGCCCAGCUUCAGCACCUGGUCCCACGUCACGAUGCUCCGUCUCUAUCUCCUCCAGGCCCGCGUGCGCUGCUUCGAGCGCGACGUCUUCCGCAACUGGCAGCAGCAGCUCGUCGACCACUUCUUCUUCGACUGCGAGAAGAAGAUGCACGUCGACCAUAGCAUCACGUCGAGCGCCCUGCGCCAGCGGUACCUCAAGGAUAUUUUCGUGCAGUGGCGCGGGCUGCUGCUCGCGUACGACGAAGGCCUCAUCAAGGGCGAUGCCAUCCUCGCGAGCGCCGUCUGGAGAAACCUGUUCAAGGGGGCGCCCGAGGCCGACCCGAGGGCGCUGUGUGCGAUUGUCGGGUGGAUGAGGUCGAGUCUGGCGUCGCUCGAGGCGGCGAGCGACGUGGACUUUGCGCACAAGGCGGGCGAUGUCUUGCGACAGCCCGUGGACGUGUUUUGGAGCCGGUUGGAGGAGCCGUUCAAGAAGGCGUCUGAGGGCGGGGGAGGCCAACAGGGUGAAUGA